CGACAAGACCAGGCGAGUCAGUAAGCUACUACUCACAGUAGCUUCAGGGCGCUAGAUAUACAAUGGUGUCUGCGCCUCGGGGGCCUCGUUCGCACAAUAAAUCUGAUCAGGAGCUGGACCGUAUUAUUCGAAGGCUCAAUGACACCUUUGAGCUGCAGCUUUGCAAACCCGAUGUGACGCUCUCCCCUCGUAAGAACCGAGAGCGUCGACGAAAUGAUGAAGAGGCCCGAGUUGACAACAUAUACCAGAAAAUCCGGCAUUUGUAUUAUACGGGAGAUGAUCGACUAGCCGCAUAUAUAGGCGAUUUUGAGCAGCGUGGGCGCAGGAUCCUGUCCAAGUCUGCGUCACAGAGUUCCAGUAACCAUAUUCGAGCUCUUCUUCAGCAAUGUCUGCUAGAUAUCCUCUGCGAAGUAUAUAAGCCAGAAUCGAGACAGUGGAGUAAGAGAGAGCCUGAAGCAAUGCCGGACGGUUCUCCAAAACGAGCUAAAAGUCAUUUAUAUGAGCAUCUCGAUGCCGUAGAUGCCCUUCCAGUUCGCUCCAGAGAUUCAUUUGCGAAUAUCAGCACAGUGAUAUCUUCUGAGAGUCGCUCUCGAAGUGAAGCUGUUCAACCCCCUCCUCAACAAGCAUCUUUUGAACAGUCACUCCUCUCAACUCGAACAUCAUUUCACUCCGAAGUGUUUUCUACCCAAACACAAGAUGGGCCCUUUAUAAGUCAAACAUCUGUUGGCGCUGAAUCGCCAAAUCAUUCAAAUAACUAUCCAUACUCGCAAAACACAGAGGUCAAUUCUUCUUCAGAAGCGUCUGCAUCGAGCUCCGAUGAAAACAUACCGAAACAGCUUACAGAUUUCUCUUUUCGUGGGAAAGAAGUGCUUAAUGGCCGUUCCCAGAGCCAUAAUAAUUCGAAAUUUCAAGCUCCUGUAUCUUCAUCAAGUCAUUUACAUCAAGAUAGCAAAGCGGGCGUAGGCAAAUCUCUAGAAGAAAGACUUGCUCAUAUUUGGCCGAAAUUACCUGACCCUGGAUUAACAGAAGCCCCCUUGGCUGUCAUGUGGGAGAUCACCAGAGCUGCUCUUCAUUGCAAUGUUCCACUGGAUCAGUUUGAUUUAUUGUAUGAACCGAAAUCGAACGAUAUAUGGCACAACCAGCGUAAUCUGAGGGAUACAAUCUCCAAGCACCCUCUAUUCCACGGCAAAAGUUUACCUCAGUCUAGCGACUCAGGUGCAUGGCAAACGGCACUAGGAGACUUCCAAACCAAUGCAAAGACGGUUACACUCUCUGCAGAACUGGCGUAUAAUCAGGAUCCGAGUGGGCCACUCUAUAGCCUUCGUCUGCACCCUUUGAAGCUUGAGCUAGGUCAUCGGCUGGCGCGCCGAUUUGGUGCUGACCGCUUCCUGGAGAUGACCAUUCCACCACCAUCUGCGUCAUCGGAUGACAAACCAAAGAUUCUCGAUGAGGACAAGGAAAGCCUUAAAAAGAUUGUAGAUUGGCUCACAAGAUCUCCUCAUUAUUUCCUUGGACGAUGCUGGAGACCAUUCUUCGUUCGCACCAUCAAAGGAAAGAGAGCUUCAGGGACGAAUAAAGGUGCCCCUCCUGAGAGACUAUAUUUUUUUGCUUAUGAUGGCAAUGGUUUUCGUCUUCCCACCACCCCAGACGGCAUCCCACUGCUGAAAGAACCACUGUUGAAAGAACCACUGCCGCAAGAACUGCAAGAACCACCGGGGAUCAAGAUUCGCAGUAAAAUGAAGCUUAGUGAUCUGCUACGAUGGGUUAUUAACAUCGAUAACGAACGUAAUUCCGAGCAGCCUGUUACUAAACUGUUUUCUCGGUUGGCACUAAGCCUCAGUCGAACCUGGCCUACUGUUACACUCGAACGGCACCAAAUUCGCAUCCGAACCAAAGAUUUGGGGAUCCCUGGUGAGAAGGUGAUGAAUGAUGGAAUUGGUCGCAUUUCACCAAGCCUGGCUAAGAAAGUCGCCGAAUCGCUUGGGUUAAUAGAUUGCCCGAGCUGCUUCCAAGGUCGACUGGGAAGUGCAAAAGGUAUGUGGCUAAUUGAUGUUGACAGCGAGGAGGGCUUCGAGGAAGAUUUCGAGGAAGAUUGGGUCGAAAUAUACCCAUCACAAAUAAAAUGGAAAUGCGAUUUUAAAGACGUGCACCACCGAACUCUUGAGAUACGUAAUUGGCCUUCAGAACUGAAAUCGGCCUCUUUGAACCAACAGUUCAUCCCGGUGCUGGAGGCGCGGGCAAUACAGCCGAAGGAAAUGCGGCGGGCAAUGUCUGAGCACUUACAGAGAGCCCUGAAGGCCGAUCUUGGAGAGCAAACGGACGCUAUGAAAGACCCGAUGAGUCUUCGGUUAUGGAUUCAUCAAUCCGGGCCCCCAAAGAACGAUCGGUUGUUGGAUGGCUAUGCGAAGUUUCUAGCUGGUCUUCCUAAUAACAAUGCCGAUAAAGUGGCAUUUCUGCUUGACUCUGGGUUCGAUCAGAGGAGAAUGAAGUACCUGAAGGAUACUGUUCUAGAAAUGUGCCAGAAGAAGGCUGAAAUUCUAAAGACCAAGAUGAACAUCACCAUCCCCUGCUCGGCUUACGUCUACAUGGCUGCUGACUUUUCAUCUACUCUCGAGGAAGGAGAAGUGCAUCUUUCCUUUUCCACAAAAUUUCAGGUUGAAGGGUUUUCAGACACGUUACUGGAGCAGAUGGAUGUUCUGGUAGCAAGGGCCCCGGCCCAUUUACCAAGCGAUAUCCAGAGAGUCAAAGUAGUAUCUCGACCUGAGCUUCGGAAGCUGAAGGAUGUCAUUAUAUUUUCAACAAAAGGAUCUGUUCCUCUUGCCGACAAACUGUCGGGUGGUGAUUAUGAUGGCGACAUGGCAUGGGUAUGUUGGGACCCACUCAUUGUGCAGAAUUUCGAAAAUGCUCCCGUACCAGAACCGGCGGAUUUCAUCAACGGUGGAUAUCUACGCGAAAACACUACAAAAUUUGCUAGCAUAUUGGACAGCCUUGCAAGUGGCGACAGCAACAAGAAUGCGGACACAAAAUCUAAGCACCUUGAGGAUGCUUGUUUAGACUUUAUAUCUCAGGCAUUUUUGUUUAAUCUACAGCCUUCGUUCUUGGGCCGAUGCACAAAGUAUAAAGAAAGACUAUGCUAUAUUUUGCCGAAAUCAGUCCAAGAUGAGCGUGCUGUUCAUUUGAGCCAGUUGCUUGGCUACUUGGUCGAUCAGAAGAAACAGGGCAUUGACUUUACGGAUGAAGACUGGAAGCGAUUUCAAAAAAGUCAACUUGGAAUGAAGAGAACUUUUUUGGAGGAUCCUGAGUAUGCGAAAGAAAACGGUGAGAGGAGGCCUAAUAUCGGGGGUCUGUUGCAUAUUCUUGAUUAUCUGAGGUUCGAUGUUGCUGACAAAGUUAUUUCCAACGUCUUGGAGGAUUUGAGCAAGAAGAUCAAUGCCAAUGGCGCAAUGGCCUAUGACGAAGAUCUUACUAAGUUGUACAACAUGUAUGACGAAAGAGCGAGCGGGAAAGACGAAGACUCUUCAUACUGCAGACAGCUGCGAACGCACCUCCAAAAGGAAAUUGACGCACUUCGGGACGAGUGGCGCAUCAGCUUUCGCAAGGGGAGUAAUGGAGUUGAAAACUCCAAUUUUGCUAAUACAGUGGAGGCUAUAUAUCAGAAAUGGCUUGAUAUCAAACCUCCAGAGGAACUACUCGCAAGCGGCCACUUUCCAGAGCUACUCCCUGAUCCUAAUAAAGACUCUGCAACAAGUAAUUGGGAACUCCUUAAAGCUUCAACUACUUUCAAAAGACACGACAAAUCUACUUUUGCCUGGCACAUGGCUGGGAAGCAGCUAGCAUACAUCAAAGCGAUGGCGCAUCGUGUUCCAGGAGAGACAUCCAAGGUCUUGAUGAUACCAGAGAUGUGGGGAAUCUUGCGGCCGGACAAAAAAUUCAUCAUGUCACUUUCAAUGCAGCGGGAGGCAGCUCGGGAUUCGGAGAGUGCAGUGGCUCUCGAAGAGGUCUUUGAGUUUGACGAUGAUGGUACAGUGAUUGACGAUGCCUGAUUCCAUCAAGGACUGUGUACGGUCAUUGAAAACACUGGUUGUGAUGGUCUGUUACUAGAUAUGUGAACGCUAUAUGGAUAGCCUCUUUUUUCCUUUUCCUUUAUAUGAGUCAUGUUGGUAUGAGAAGGUAGAAAUGAGAUAUGACAGCGUGAUAUGGUUAACGAGAGAUGACACU